AUGUUCGACGAGAUUCGCUACGAACUUGACGGUGUGGAGAUUGAUCUCAACAGAAACGUUGACAUAACCAGCACGCUCAAAAACUAUACGACGUUAUCACCCGAUAAAGCUCUAAUCCUGACCAAUGCCGGGUGGGACAUUGCGUAUCAUCAUGUAGUGGAGGGAGAUUUCAACUUUUGCGUGCCUCUCAACAUGCUGCUAGGCUUUUGUGAGGAUUACAAACGCGUGGUGAUCAACGCUCGUCACGAGUUGAUUCUGAUACGAUCGCGCAACGACAACAAUUGUGUCCAGGUGGAUGCGGUAGUGCAGCCACGGAUCGACAUAUUCAAGAUACACUGGCGAAUACCGCACGUGCUGUUGGAUGAAGUCACUAAGCUAUCGAUGCUGCGCACCUUGGAGAGUGGACGAUACCUCAGCAUGGGGUUCCGAUCGUGGGACCUGUACGAGUAUCCACUGUUUCAGAGCACGACCAAGCACUCGUGGGCCAUUAAGACCGCGUCGCAACUUGAGAAGCCGCAAUACGUAAUCUUCGCGUUGCAGACUGGACGAAAAAAUGUACCGAACGAAGACAUUACCAUAUUCAACGACUGCAAACUAACCAACAUGAAACUGUAUCUGAAUUCGGAAUGUUAUCCGUACGACGACAUGAAUUUGGAUUUCGACAGAGACAGAUACGCUAUCCUUUACGAGAUGUUCUCGCGUUUCCGUAAGGCGUAUUAUGGAUGUGAUUGCGACGAGACGUUCCUGACCACUAUCAAUUUCCUUAUUCGCGGACCUUUCGUGGUUAUCGAUUGUUCGCGACAGAACGAAUCAGUCAAGAGCGCAACCGUGGACAUGCGAUUGGAAUUUGAUUGCAAGGAGAACGUACCGGAUAAUACGACGGCCUACUGUCUCAUCAUACACGAUUGCGUGGUCGAAUACAGCCCGUUGACCAACGUUGUGCGCAGAAUCACCUAA